UGGGUAUUCGUAUCGCUGGGCAUGUGGGUCUCUAUGUGGCUUGGCCCACGUCUCUGACGGAACUGUGCCCGACCCAUCUCCUCAACCGAGAGUGUGUUGGUAGCAAUUGCUGACAAGUCUCCAGCCAAUCACCACCCCGUGCGCAGUGUAGGGGAUGCCUCGCCAUUCGAGUCGCACUGAUGUGGUCUAUUGUGUGCGUUAUUGGACCUUGUGUGGAUACCUAUAGCGCAUUCUCUUGCUUUUGUGUAGGAUGUUGCAGUCAUAGUUUCAUUUUCAAAAUAGUUUUCAGGAAAAACAGCUUUGGAGAGGCUACUUGCUAACUUUACAGGAUAUACUUAUUUUUAUUCAACAACAUAUGGCAGAUUGCUCUCUACAAAAGAAAACCACUGUCUAUCAGAACUAAAAAUGUCAGUGUUUACAAGUGAAGUGAUUUAAAUGAAAUGCAACUCCACCCCGGGAGCGACAUGGAAAACGUGCUUUGACGAAGAGAUCGUUCUCAUUCACUGUUUCUGCUUCGUUGAGCGAUAACUGUAUGGAUACGGUAGACAUUUGUUUAAGAAUGCAAUACGAGCAUGCUGUGUUAAAUCACGGCGUUUUUUUGCAUCCAUUCGCCCUGGAUUGGUAACAAAUGAGAUCGAAAGCUGAUUCCGCUCUAACGAAAUGAAAGACGUUCGGGAAGUGCUUUUUUAGGCGCCACUCUAAGCAUUCUUAGCCUGCCUGUCCAUUUUCCAUUUUGCGUGACAUAUGUUUCGCUCCGGACUGUUCUUUGCCGUGCAUACCAUCUCACAGGUCGGAAUGUAAGGAUUGCACGCCACAGUUUUGAAUACCGAAACAUUACAAGGGGAAUAGGCACCGCCGUUUGUUUGUGAUUCUGUACAUUGAAGAGAUUGUCGCUCAAAGAAGGACUCUUGGCGUUCUGGCGUGGCGUGUCUGUGCCUCCUCCCCUUCCUCCGCCGUGUCCCGCGGCUGCCAUGCUCAGAGUGCCCCACGCCGCCCGGCCCGUGCCCCUGCUGCAGCCCUAGCCCCCGUGCCCGCCCCAGUAGGAUGCCCGGUCUCGUCCAGGCUCAGGCUCGCCCUCGUCCUCGUCCUCCACCCCGCCGCCACCGUCGCCACCACGCCCGCACCUCCGUCUGCCGCUGCCGCCUCCACCACCCGUCCUUCGCCUCCGCCUGCGCCCCGACCUCGCCCGGCCGUUGGCCGCGGCGCCCCGCCCCGCCCGCACCAUGAGCGAUGAGGAGGUGAUCGGCACCAACGCUCUGGCGUGGCUGGUCUGCUCGGGCGUGUCCAUCCUGGCCAACGCCUGGGGCAUCCUGAGCGUGAGCGCGAAGCAGAAGAAAUGGAAGCCUCUGGAGUUCCUGAUAUGCACGCUGGCCGGCACGCACAUCCUCAACAUGGGCAUCCCCGUCACCAUGUACUGCGUCAUCACGCUGCGCCGCCAGCACUCCACCUACGAGUGGAACGAGGGCCUCUGCAAGGUGUUCGUCUCCACCUUCUACACCCUCACGCUGGUCACCUGCUUCUCCAUCACCUCGCUCUCCUACCACCGCAUGUGGAUGGUGCGCUGGCCGGUCAACUACAGGCUGAGCAACACUAAGAAGCAGGCGGUACACACGGUCAUGGGCAUCUGGAUGGUCUCCUUCAUCCUGUCCACGCUGCCGGCCGUGGGCUGGCAUGACACCACCGAGCGCUUCUACACGCACGACUGCCGCUUCAUCGUCACGGAGAUCGGCCUGGGCUUCGGCGUGUGCUUCCUGCUGCUGAUCGGCGGCAGCGUGGUCAUGGGCGUGGUCUGCAUCGGCAUCGCGCUCUUCCAGACCUUCUCGCUGCAGGCGGGCCACUGCGCCGACAAGAACAAGUUCAACGUGCCCACCAUCGUGGUGGAGGACGCGCAGGGCAAGCGACGGUCGUCCAUCGACGGCUCGGAGCCCGUCAAGACCUCGCUGCAGAUCACCUACCUGAUCAGCGGCAUCGUCUUCAUCUACGACUUCCUCACCGGCUUCCCCAUACUGGUGGUGAGCUUUGCGAGUCUGAAGUACGACCGCUCGUACACGUGGAUGGUGCUGUGCGUGCUCUGGUGCUCCAUCGCCCAGUCCAUCCUGCUGCCCAUGUUCCUGUGGGCGUGCGACCGCUACCGCGCCGACGUCAAGAUGGUGUGGGAGAAGUGCGUGGCCAUCAUGUCCAACGACGACGUGGACGAAGAAAACAGCCAGGAUGGAGCCUUUCAUCCGGAUUUAAUUUAUGACAGACCGUAUGACUAUAGCCCGGGGCCCGAUAUCAUGACGAUAGACCGUAUUGCCAUGUACGAAUUCUCAACCUUAGAAAGGGGUGUGCCCCAGGGUUAUCCAUUGAGGGAACAACAGGAAGAUAAAAUGCAGUACUUGCAGGUGCCCCCUACAAGAAGAUACUCCCACGACGAAACCGACAUGUGGACCAGCGGCCAGAUCCCCUCCUACCUGCACCGUUGGGGCUCCACAGAGGACAUCAUUGGGAUCCAGCAGUACAGCUCGUCGCGCCACCACGACCGCCGGAGGGGCAGCCUGGUCUCCUACCAUGAGGAGGGCGGCCCCUACCGCAAGCGCCGGCGCUCCGAGGACAGCGGCUACGCGCUCCGCGGCCUGCCAAGGGUGGCCGUGCUGUCCAGCGGUGGCGGCGGCGGCGCUGCCGUCGCGGGCAUGUGCGGCGACCGGCACCACGAGGCCGACUUCCUCAAGUGCUUCGGGCGCGACGAGGUCAUCAGCUUCAUCGACGAGACGCCGCUGGCCAGCCCCAUGAAGAGCCCGCACCGCCGCGCCUCGGCCGUCUCGCUGCUGCCGCAGGCAUUCGAGGUGCUGGCGCCGCACGGGAGUGGCGGUGGGGCCGGUCAGCACGCCGUUGUCCUCUACCCGCACUUCCCCCUCACCAACUUUGAGCGCGAGCCGCAAGCGCUGCGCCGCCUCUCGGACCACGGCAGGGGCUGCGCUCUCACCGAGCUGCCCCAGGACCACGCCGGACGAGGCACCGGAGGGGGAGGGGGAGGGGGCGGUGGUAGCCGCCGGGGCAGCAGAAUGGAGAGCUCCGUCAGCGGCACCUCAAGCGGCGCAGGGAACGGAAGCGCCGGAUGCUCGGGCGGCACGGGGACCUGCGGCUCGGGGAAGGGCUGCUCCUCGAGAGACACAACAAAGUGCGUGGCCAGCCAGGACGCGGGCCCUCACGGACACGAGCAGCCGCCCGCCUCCCCCAGCCAGAGGCACAGGACCGGCCCUGGAGAGGGCAGCGGGGGCAGUGGGGGCGGCUGGGAGGCCGAGCAGAAACUCCUCAUGAAAAUGGAGAGCAAAGGAAGCACAAAUAGUUUUAUAAGCUCUCCCUCGGCCUCCUCGUCGGGAUACGUCACCUUCCACUCCGACUCGGUCGGCUCCGCCACUUAAGCGCCCGUGUCAAGCUUUUCACUGUUGCUGUUCUUAUUACUUUGACUAUUAUUGCUUUGAUUAAUACCUGCUGUUCUGAUUCAAGUGGAAUGUUUUUGUAUUACGAGCACAGUGGAGAGACGAUAGGGCAAAGAGGACAAACAGAGUUUACAGAGUUUCACCUGUGUCACAGAAUCAGCAGGCUACGCUCCGGGGUCUCUGAAACAUCAGUCAGGUCCAAAAAGGAGUCAAGCAGUGCUGACCUUAGUGCUUUGUGUGUGUCAUUUAGACAUUUACUUUCAUUCUUUUAAAGAGGACGCUCAGUAUAAAGAUGGAAUAGAGGUUUAUGGAGAAGAUUCUGGGCAGUCAACUAUUCAUUGACUUUUUCUUUUUUCUCUCUCAGUUUACACGUCAUGUUUACUGGGCCACGGUUCCUCUCUCUUGGCUGUUUGUCUAUUUUGGACAGGGAGAUCUUGCUUCAUGGCAGUGCGGUGUUAUUAUUUUGAUAAUUGAAUAAAUGAAAUGUGUUUUCUCACAUAGUGCUUCAGUUUUAAAGUGUUCAAAAUGUUUCUUCUUCUUUCUGCAAAGUGUUGCAGAAAACAACUGCCCAUAAUUGUUUAAGGUUCCAGACUGCCCUUGUUGACUUCUUUCUCAUCCCUUAUAUGUUGGGUCAUACUGUCAAAUGAAAAGUGUAAAUGUGUUGUAAUUAUUUAAUACUAAAUUAUUUCCCUCUUGUACUGAUGUUUAAAGUAGACCUUGCUGGUACUGGAUUGUCGAUAAGGACUUUCAGAUUGCACAUACAUAACUUCACUAUGAUUUGGCCUUUGAUGUUCAGAGGAGAAGGAAAAAGUCAGAAGCACCCACAGAGUCUACUGUGUGUCUGAAACUAGGGGCAACUUAAUUGGACUUAAUUGACUAUGAAGAGGACAAGGUAUAUUAUUAAUAUAAUAAUUUUCCUACAGUAAAUGUUUUUAUUAUUGAGACUUGCCCAGAUAUUUCAGGUCACAAUCAAAUGGCUUUCUGCUAUAUAAAAAUAUCUUGUAUGUAAGAGUCAAAGAUGUGCAUUUUCAUCUGAUGGCAUUGUGUAUUGCUAUUCUGAUUCCUUUAUUCAGGAUGUUAGGAUUCCCUGAUGUGCAUUUUAAAUACUGUUAAUUAAGAGUUGGGAGUUCAGACUCCUAGCUGAGCAUUAGCUGCCAGCAUGCACGGGUGUGCAUAUAGGCUACACUUUGCCAAAUACUGUUGUGAAACUCGCCAAUGGUGCUCCAUGCAAGUGCAGCUGAGUUGAGCUGAUCUUUCAGCCAUUGAAGAUUUGCUUUUGGAUUCCACAAUCUGCCAGGCAUCUGCCAUGUUGACUAGCCAGUGCGCCAGAGUCUUCCUCAUUCUGUAACAAUGACCAAAUCUUUUCAAACAUUUAGGACUAUACCGGGCAAUAUUAUAGCCAAUGCAACAUUUUGCCAAGAUUUAGAUAAUAAGUCAAGUAAUCUACCAGAAUAAUGGGUAUUAUCGUUAAAUGAAUGUAUUUACAAUGAUAUUCUGUUUGGGCUAGACAAUGAUUCACCAAGACGAAAUAAGGAAGAGCAACAAAAUCAAUAUUGCCUGCAACUUGAAAAGUACCCAGAAGGAUUUUUAGUAGCCUUAUGUUGUUUGUGGAGAUACUUCUUCUUUAUUCUUGACAUUGUUCAAAUAAUGAUACAAUUAUGUAACACGGUCAGAUUUUGUUAAGCACUUUGACAUGUUAAAUGAAACAUUUGGCCAUAUCGUUUUUUCCCAGCGGAGGUCUGAGAUUUUGUGAGAUCUGUGCGUUCUAGUUUACAUUUUUCCGUGCACCACACUUUGAUUACAUAAUGCACAUCUAUAAACACUUCUAUUUUUUAAAAAAAUCAAUACGUUUAACGUUAUUUAUGAUUUGAAAAAUAGAACUCGUUUCGUUUGUUUUGUUAAAAAAAUAUCAGAGCGUAGUUUUGUAACAUAUCCUCGGUUCUAAAUACUUUGUCAAACUAAUGGACGAUGUUUGAUGUUAUGUUGCUGAUAUUAUGACUUUGCUUGAAGUAAUUACAUUUACAUGAAGAGAAACACGACUUUUGUUGAAUUGUUUGAAGUGUUUGCGUUUGUCAAUGGAAACCCUGGCGUUCUGCCUAAUUCUGAGAGAAGUGUUCAUCAAGAAAAUGUGUAGGCUACAUCAACCGUUUAUGAAAACACUCGCUUCUCAUUUUUAACGAUGCUAACACUUUUUGAAAUACUGCCUAAAAAAUAUGUAAGGUUAGAAAAAUAAAAUAAAUCUUUCAAGACA